CGCCUCUUUCUUGGAUUUCGUUCUGGAAUCAGAAUUAUACUCCAGAUUCCCUUUACCUCUUUCUCUCCUUCUCUAAUGAUCCAAUCUGUAUAUAUUCAUUUUUUCAUUUUUUAGUUUAGGUUUAUCAUUUCUUUAGAAUACAAAAGUAUAAUCAUGUCUGCAGCAGAUGAAAUCGUCGGUCGGCAACUCGUGAACGGUCUUCAGGGUUUCUCAAUCCAAGGCCAGUGUGAAAUGAAGGGAACUUGUACAGCUGUACCGGAAGAGAUUAACCAUGUUGUGACCGAGACUAACAAUACUAACAACACUAAUCAUCAUGGUUUUUGUGCAAUAUGUUUGAAUAAGAUAGUUCUUGAAGAAACUGCCCUCAUUAAAGGUUGCGAGCAUGCCUACUGUGUCACAUGCAUACUGCGAUGGGCCUCUUACAAAAAGGAACCUACAUGUCCUCAGUGUAAAAAUUCAUUCAAGUUUCUGAAUAUCCACCGCUCACUAGAUGGAAGCAUUCAUGAUUACAUGUUCGAGGAGAGUGUGUGCCUCCUCCUAAGAGCCUCAUGGUUCAAGCCUUUGAUUGUGGUGGAACUGGAAGAGGCUUAUGAAGAAAUCGAAGAUUAUUAUCGCGAGGAUGAGGAAGAGGAUGAUGAUAUUUACUUAGCUAGUUCCUCAAGUCUCCGCAUUGGUAAUCGAAGAUGGGGAGACAACGGGUAUGUUAGGGCAGGAAGGAAAGAAGCUCGACCAAUUGCUCGACCAAACUUUCAGGAUUCUGGUGCUGGCCCUUCUCGUCAGCGGAAGAAGAAAGAAGCUGCUGAUUCUGAGGCUGCUACUGCUGUUGCUAAAGAAACUGUUGGCCGACGUGCAAAACGGGCACUGAAGCGUGAAGCUGCUGACAAGGCAGCUGCUGCAAAGCACCAGCAACAUUUGGUUCGUUUAGGUCGCACUUGAGGGCGAAAAGCCCUCGGUUUCUGUUAUGUAUAGUGUUUCCUUGCAUUUGUUUGUGGAAAAUAAGGAUAUUAGGCUGGCUUUAUAAGGAUGGGCUUUAUUAGUAUGUUGCCCAUUCUUGUACUAAUCUAGAUUUAGUUGCUGUUGCCUAUGUACUGUACAUUUGCUAGUUCUAGUUUAAUUCCUGAUUUAGAUUGUGUUUUAAACUUCUGGUUUAAUUGUUGGAGUUUCUUGAACUAAAAACGUCAGUGUUUAACCGAAUAAAUCAGAGUUGGCAUGAA